AUGGGUAACAAGGUUUUCUUCGAUAUUGAGUGGGAGGGCCCUGCCAUCCAGAAUGGCAAGCCUACUGGUCCCGUCAAGGUCCAGACUGGCCGCAUCAACUUCAAGCUCUACGAUGACGUUGUCCCCAAGACCGCCGAGAACUUCCGCGCUCUCUGCACCGGCGAGAAGGGCUUCGGUUAUCAGGGCUCUUCCUUCCACCGCAUCAUCCCCGAGUUCAUGCUCCAGGGUGGCGACUUCACCCGCGGUAACGGCACUGGCGGCAAGUCCAUCUAUGGCGAGAAGUUUGCCGAUGAGAACUUCAAGCUGACGCACGACCGCCCCGGCCUCCUGUCCAUGGCGAACGCUGGCCCCAACACCAACGGCUCCCAGUUCUUCGUCACCACUGUCGUCACCUCGUGGCUCAACGGCCGCCACGUCGUCUUCGGUGAGGUUGCCGACGACGAGUCCAUGUCUGUCGUCAAGGCCCUCGAGGCCACCGGCACCAGCAGCGGCACUGUCAAGUACAGCAAGCGCCCUACCAUUGUCAAGUCUGGCGAGCUGUAA